AUGACGUGUUCAAAAGCUAACAAUGAAUACAGAAUAUUGCUGAGUGGUUUAACUGAUGAUUUUCAUUUGAAAACGGAUGGUAAACUAUAUGUCAAAGAGUCGGUAGACGAGCCGAGCCAAGAAUAUAAUGCCGACAAAUACUGUCUAGAUAACUUUGUUGGUGACAGCGAUGAGAAUGCAAACACAUCAGUAAAGUUGAAUGCUUUAAUAUGCUACAGCCCAAAUGUUGAAAGCAACCACUACGGUGUAAGUGCUAGCUGCAUGCUGAUCUCCUGUUUCUUCAUCAUUUUGACGGUAGCUGUGUAUGUCUUCCUGCCUAGGCUAAGGACUCUGAAUGGAAUGGUGAUGAUAACAUAUCUCUUGAACUUGUUUGUGGCUUUCCUGUUCAUGGCCACCAUGCAAAUCUUAUUGUUGAUAGACAAAAUUUCAUACGUUGACUGCAUCUGCAUGACUUUUAUAAUAUAUUUUUCUAUAUUGGCAGCUUUCUUUUGGCUCAAUGUGAUGUGUUAUGAUCUCUGGUCAAAGUUAAGGUCUAGUCAGAAUAUGGCACAUGGGUUUGCAACGUCCGCGCGUUUACGGUUCCUGUCGUAUUCUUGUUACGCAUUUGGAUUGCCAACAGUGUUGACUAUACUGCUUGCAGCACUGGAAUUUUCUAAUUUACCUGUUCAUAUUAAAUUGCUGCCUCAUCUAAGGCGACAAGGAUGCUUUCUAUCUGGAACGAGCAAAUUACUUUAUCUGUAUACACCAAUAUUGUUGGCUUGUAUGGCGAACUUGAUAUUCUUUAUAUUAACAGCCAAAUUAUUAGCACACUUGAAGAAACAGACACAAGGUGUGCGGAAAAAUAAGGAUUCACAACGGUUCGCCCUGUACAUCAAGUUGUUUAUCGUCACCGGUAUAAACUGGGUACUAGAAGUCAUCAGUUCUUUGUACCCUGAAGCCAACUACUUCUGGCAGUUUACUGACGCUUAUAAUGUUCUAGUUGGAUUUAUUAUAUUUAUCAUUUUUGUCUGUAAGAAGAAAACAUUAAUAUCCUUACGUCGAAGAUAUCAAAUGUUGACGGGUAAAAAGAUGUCCAGAACUGAGACCACCAAUACUAGAACAUCUUCUUGUAUAUUCUCACAUCAGUCCAAAGAUGAUUCACAGAUAAAAUCGAACGUCUCGAUGGACCCCAAAACAGAACAGAAGAGAAAGAAAAGUUUACUAUUUGAAGAUGUCAGGCAGUCUUUGAACACGUAUGUCAACACUCGCAAAUAA